CUAGUGGUUCGCAAAGGAGCUGAGCACGACUUGUUUCGAUCACCACCUUAUUUAUAAUAAUCCCCCCUUCUCUCCCUCUGCAACUAAAACUCUUUCAUUUCAUUUCCCAUCUCUCGAAGAAGAUCGAUAAGAAGAAAUGGGAAGAGCUCCUUGUUGUUCUAAAGUUGGGUUGAAAAAAGGCCCUUGGUCUGCUAAAGAAGACUCCAUGCUUACUACUUACAUUCAACACCAUGGUGUAGGCCAUUGGAGAUCACUCCCCAAGAAUGCUGGGUUGCUAAGAUGUGGGAAAAGUUGCAGACUGAGAUGGAUGAAUUACUUGAGGCCAGGGAUCAAGAGAGGAAACUUCACCCCUGAAGAAGAUGAUCUCAUAGUACGCCUCCACUCCCUUAUCGGGAACCGGUGGUCGCUCAUUGCCGGUCGGUUGCCCGGUCGGACCGAUAACGAGAUCAAGAACUACUGGAACACUCACCUCCUCAAGAAGCUCAAGAGUGCAGGGUUCGAAUCCAAACCGCGUAAAACUUCCAGAACAAUCCCGAAGAAGAAGAAGAAGACAGCCAAACCGGAUAAAACCCGGAGCGAGAAGAGAAAAAAGCUCAGGCACGUGAGUAAACCGGACGUCGGAAACGGAAUUCAAGAUCGACCGGAGAUGAUCAAGGUAUAUGCACCGAGACCGAUCCGGCUUUCGACCGGGUUCGCAAGAAAUUACAGCUUUGAUGAUCUGGCGACGAGUGCAGCCUCCAGUAGUUCAGGUAAUAAUAAAGCUACUCUUAACGAUAACGGCAACAACAACAAUAAUGGAGAAGAGUUGACGGUUAUUCCAUGGCAUUUGUACGAGGUUGGAGAUGAUCUGUUGGAUGAUUAUAUGGACGGCUGUGAUCUUUCGGCCAGAUAUUCACUGCCCACCAGUGACACUUUGAUGGAGAAGGUGUAUGAUGAGUAUCUACAGCUUCUCUCAGAGGAUUGUUGUCUUCAAACAUGUUCGUCCUGAUUUAUAUUCAACACACUUUUAUUUGUAAAGUUUGAAUUUCAUCUUCUCUCUCUCUCUCUUUAAUUUGUUUUUGGCAAAGGGUGUUCACAGUGCAUGGGACAAGUGUUGUUGACUUUCAUUAUAUUCAUGUUGAUUUGAUUGAUGGUACCAAAUAUCGAAUUGAUUCACCAGCUGUUCCCAUAUGUGUGGAUAAAACCCCAAUCUAUGUCUGCUUCCUGCCAAUGAUAUCGGAAAAUGAUAGACAUAUUUGAUGUUGUUU